UUAACUUAGCUUACAUACCUAUACCCAAGGACUACUUCACUUGCACAAAAGCCGGUUAAAUUUUGACCGUGAUUAAUUUCACAAGAACCAAUCAGAGAAGGCCUAUUUUAUAAGACGGCUUCUCUGAUUGGUUCUCGUGGGACUUAUCACGAUUAAAAAUCAACCGGCUUUUGUGCGAACCGGCAAUUAAAAGUUUGAAGUAAAGAAAACCACUUUUCAAACUCAUAGAGCCAAUCUCUGAACAAUUUUAAUGUGUAAAUAUCAAUCUAUUUUUCAAUUUUCAUUCGUCAAUAAUUGGAAAAUUAGCUUUUAAUAUUUAGAGUUGUAGUUUCGAAUUCGUAAUAUGAUUUAUAUGAUCUAGAACUCGAAUUAAACACUAGAAUAUUCUGACAUCAUCACGUCCACAUAUGAGCUUAAACUACACUCUGUCCCAACUGAAAACGUGUAGGCUAAGUUUUAGUUAUUUUAAGUAAGUUACGGCAAAAUGGGUCUACGAACAUAUAUCCUCCUAGUAUUCUUACCAGGACUUGUGCUUAGCCAGGGAAUAGACCAGCACAGAAACUUCAAUUUGAUAAAUGAUGAAAAGUGUGGAAUAUCAAAUCCAAUAGAGCGACAGAUUCAUCAUGGUGCGAAGGCCAGUCUGGGCCAAUUCCCAUGGAUGGUUCUUAUAGAGAAACAAACCAAAGAGAUUGAUGAAACCAAUCAAGAAUCUUAUUACCAAUCGAAAUGUGGAGGAACGAUUCUGAACUCCAAAUACAUUCUGACAGCAGCUCACUGCUUUUGGUUUGACGAGCGCACAACACUGCUUGAUGCUGAUUUUAUAGUGCCAGACUGUACAAGGCCUGGAGAUGUAGGCAGAGUUAUUCACAAGCACGAAGAGGUAAUUCUACAUCCUGGAUAUGACAUCACUACCGAUUUCAUAAAUGAUAUUGCUCUCAUUAGAGUCAAGGGUCGAAUCAUAUUUAACGAUAUGGUGGCACCAAUUUGUCUGGAGCAUGGAAGGCUGCUGGAAGAGAAUUAUGCAGGUGUUCUGGGAUCAGUUGCUGGGUUUGGAUACAUAGAAUUCAAGGAUACAUUCUCAGAUCUACCGGGUAGAAAUAAUCCGGUGUGCACUCAAGACCUACACUACCUGCCCAAUUACCCUAUCUUGGAUGACGAGAAAUGCUGGGAUGAAAUACAGACCUGCUGUCGGGACUUAGUCGAGAACUUGAAUCGAUCUAUACUACCCUCACAGAUUUGUGCCGGAGGCCAGGUUGAGAAAUUCACUACUGUGGGAGACUCAGGAAGUCCUCUAAUGGUUCUACAAUCUGAGGGCGCUGAGCCACCCAGAUACUAUCAGGUGGGAAUUGUGUCCUAUGCAAGACUAGUCCCUGUGUUCAAGCAUCGCUUCCCAACAGUUUACUGCAGGGUUCGUUUCUAUCUUGAGUGGAUUCUGGAUAAUAUGAAACCUCUAUAGUAGCCUGAACAUCUCCACAAAAGAACUCAGCUAUUUUUCACGUUACACAGACGACAUCCAAGGUCUAUAAAUACUGGUCAUGACACUCAUGUUCCUUAUGGAGCGGCCAUUUUAUGGGGUCUUCAUGGUGGUACAUUUGAAAAUCUAAUCUAAUUUAAUUUGCUCGUAACAAAAUUAUGCAUUUUAAAACAAUAUUUUACUUCAGAUAAUAAUAUGUGAAUUCAGGUUUUCAAUUUUCUGAUAAUGAAAUUUCAAUAAUUAAUGCUUCAGUUAUUAUUUUAUUCAUUAUUAAAAAUUUUUCUUGUAAAAAAUUCAUGUAAAUCAAGGAUUAACAUGAAUUACAAGGAUUACAUGAAAAACUUCAUGUAAAUCAAGGAUUAAGCCAAUGCCAAAAGGCAUUGGUACACGACAGAAAUAUGUGAGGCCAAUUUCAAAAAGAGUUUCAAGUUCCCGAUCAAUUAAAUAAAAAAAUCAACAAUUCAAUUCCUAGUUGGAAUCUAAUUUAUUAUUAUUCUGUUAGAACAAUUCAUU